UGGCUCAUUGCGGGGUACUUUAGUAGGCUUUAUCUUUAAGAAAGGGAAUUCAGGGCAUGGGUUUGAAUUCACACAUUGUGGUUGCCUAGUUGGGUGGCCCCCUGAUGUGCCUCCUGCUGCCUAAAGCUGCAGAGGGGAGUAAAGGAUUUGGUCAUUGCAAGUUGUAUAUACCCCCCUUUCAGUUAAAGGAGUGUGCAGGAAGGGGAAUAGGAGGGUUGCUGAUGGCAUGGCAAGGGGUGAGCCAUUGGUGUUGGACAUAUCACACUGGGCUGCGGUAGACGCUCAGCCAAGGGGUUCUGUUUGUACAGGUGGAAAACCGUAAGCCAGCUUGAGUGGGUGAAGAUGCAGUCUUCAAAGAUCAGUCUGACUGUUCCAUGUGGCCUUCAGACCCUUCUUGAGGGGGUGAGCCGGGCUGCCAUAGAAGAAAACCCAGACAACAUUGCUGAGUUUUUUGCUCUCUAUUUCCAAGAUCUCGUCACCUUUCAAAAAGGGCAUCCAAAUCUAGAUUUGACAGAACUGGUUGAAAAGUUUGAGCUUGUGAGAGAAAAUAAGAGACUGGAAGAGAAGACAUCAGAGUACACAGUUACUUUGUUUUCUGGGGAGCCCAAGCGAAUGGACAAGUGUACCGACACAGAGGAAGACCAGCUCCUUGAACCUGAUAUUCAAUAUAGCUCCAGAGUAACUCAACACCCAUCAACUGCCAGUUCCAUUGCAGGAAGCAGUUCCCCCUCUGGAUUUGAUGGAGCUUCAUCCCCUGAGGGACCUGAACUGGUGUAUGUCCCUGCUGAGUUUGCUGCCCACGUGCUAGGUAACAGUGAUUCUUUAUAUUCUGUGAGGAACGUGGCAACCAGCAUGCAGACUCUUCACGAAGACUCUCAGGCCUCGGAGGAUGAAUUUACACCAGUAGAAGGUGCUGCUGAAGAUGCUUCUGCUGUCCCAGCAGCUGAGGCUUCUAUAGAGGCUGUCAGGUCACAAUCAGGAGUGUGGAGUCAGUCUUCCAUAGCUGGAGAACUGGGGCCCUCAGACAGCCAAGCUGAUGUCUCAAUAAAUGAUGUUAACCAAGCUUCCUCCGUCCCCUUGUGGGAAGAACUAUCACCAUCAGCCCUUUCACCACCACCACCACUUUCUCCUAAAGAUCCACUGAAGGCUGUGCCUUCCUGCAAGGAAGGUGAGGUUACCUCAACCACUGAGGUUGUGUCACUGUGGUGGGAUGAUGAGCUGAUUACGGAUGCAGAGGUUCCACCUUAUGUAGAACAGUUUCCACAGAAAAUAAUAAUUCCCUUCACAGACCAAACAGCUUAUCUGUUAAAGAUUGAGCAGCCUUUAAAUACAGUCCAGAGCUCAAGUGAUACAACAUUAUGUCCAUCUGCUGAUGAUUUUGUGUGCCAUCUUGAGAUAAUCGAAUCUACAGCACAAGUGGAAUCAGCUGAGCAAGUUUAUGUCUUGUCAGCCAUGGCAUCAAGUGAAGCAGGACAGCUACAACCACAUUCUAAUGUGUGGACCCUCUAUUGCCUAACUGACCUGAGACAAGGUCAAGAAUCGCCUCCAUCCUUUCCUCCUGCUGGAGUUGGUGGUCCUUAUUACCAGGCAACCCUCAGUCUUUCCACGGGGGAAGAUCAACAGUGGGGUCAGUUGUCACAUGUAUCUGCUCCAAUUUAUGUGAUGCAAGAAGGAAGCAAGAGGGAAAAUGCUCCACCUUUCAUUUUAGUGGGUUCUAACAUUCAGAACACACAGGACUGGAAACCUCUUCCUAGCCAAGCUGCCUUUGCACAGCGAGAUGCAGGUGCUAGGCAGAGAUUCAUUACAGUCCCAGUUGCCAGGCCAGCUGCUGAGGAAAUGGAUAUGGCAAGCUGUAAUUCUCAGUCUGCAGAGGAAACUGGGGCUAAGCCAUGCACAGCCCAUGUUCUCUCAGUUGCCAUCCCUCCGGAUGAUAUGAUGUCUGCAAAGAAAGGCUCAGCAGCUGGUGAUAAGCACACAGGUAUAAAUGCUCUUGCAGGACACAUCACUGUUACACCAGGCCCUGUUCCCAGAGCAGGGUCCUGAAGAAGGAAGUUUUCUUCUUGCAUGGGUCUUGCAUAGAGAGAGGCUACUGAAAGCUUUCAAAAUACAACAGGGUUUAAAACCAGUGGUUAAACUACUUGUUAUAACCACCUUCUGCUUGUUACACUGCAAUUAGUACUAGUCUUGCUCUGGGUAACCAACUUUUUAAUCUCACCUUUAUACCCAUCUUUAUGCCUGCAGCCUGAACUUUUAGCAUUCGUGUAAUGCUCAAAAUGUGGCCAAGUACCCUCACCUUAUAGUGCAUUCAGGUAGCAAUUAAAUUAGUUCUUGCUGCACACUUUCUACUGAGUUAAUGUUAUUUUUUCAAACAGGUUGAGAAGAGAGGCUGUGCAGACUUCAGAAACGAGUUCAGGAGAAAUGGACUUUACAAUGUAAUAAAUCAAAUAACACAUGCUUCAAAAAGCCAACAAUUUGAACUGCAUUGUCAUUCAUUUUGUAAUUUCCUAACACAGCACAUAAUCCUGAAUGUUAACUUUGUGUGAAUUAUGACCACAAAGGCAUCUGCUGCAGCUAUUUCACUGAAGACGAAACAGCUUCCUCAGUGUACAAACAUGGUGUAUGUGUAAGCCCCAGGGACACAGACAGGUGACAUACAGAGCCAAAGUUAGGUCAGUGUAACCAGGUGUAGUCUCUACUGCUGGGGUUUAUAUUCCAGGAAGGAACUGUGUACAAAAGGCAGGAGCAAGCAGACAGUCAUGCUUUCAACUAGAGGAAGGAAUUAUUCUCACACAUGGUCAAAUUCAUUCAAACUACAGCUUUAUUGAGGAGGACUGCUGAGGUUAUGCUUUGAGGAAGGGGUUAAGAAAAAUUACCUUUAUUUUGCUUUAGAGGUUUCACAACUACAGGUAUGGUCACUUAAAUAUGCCAGACUCUUGAAGUAUGAAUAGGUCUAGAAAAAUAAAUACAUCUGUUCUUAGGAAACAGAAGUUGCUCAGAACAAAAGAAAAGUUGAUGUUGUGUAGAGGUAUCCCCCUCUUGGAGCUGGGUAAGCAGGCAGGAACUAAAUGCUUUGAUUUUCCUAUCACUGAGUGUUCAAUGCUGUGGGACCUGCUGCAGCACUGACCUAACAGCUAGACUGUUUCUAUGCAUCUCUGAAUCUCACUUGGAGUUGCACGGGAGUUAUGACAGACUUCAAGAAAUGCUGGCCAGAGUAGAGGCUUUCCAGAGACAGUGCAGGUAUUCCUGCAUCUACCAGCCAGUGUGAGAACUGGGCCUUCCUAUGAAAGGCUGCCAGAGAAAAGGCUCUUCCUCAUCUAUGCAAUUGUGUCUCAGGUCACUACCUGGGUAAUUGUAGUAGUGCACAGAAUAAAAAUAGCCAUCUCACUGCCUUAUUCACAGUUUCAGUAGUUGCUCUCAGGUUAGAGCUGCAGCCUCACUGCCUAUUCCAGGCACAAGCUCUCAGUUCCCCCAUAAGCAGACUGUUCUACUUCAGGGCAAAGCAGGUCCUGAAGCACAGGGACACACAUCAUGCAAGGUCAUUGCAGCAGCUUUGGGAGUUGGGUCAGUGCUGUCAAACACCACUCACUUUAGACUAGAUGCAAGAAGUUCUGAAGCCUUUAUUUAGUAGCAAUUAAAUUAUUCAAUUAACACUAACCUCCAGAUAGCAGUUAAAAUAUUGUACAAGGAGCAGCUUGCCCCCUAGAAGCUCUGUACACAGUUCAAUAUAAACUUACACUCUUAAGAUCGAAUGCACCCCACUGAAAAGGGGUAAAGCAGCUGUGCACAGGAGGCCUCACUGAGGUGCUGUACUACCUUUGAAAUGCACAAGACUUUCUCCUCCCAGGCAGUUGCACAGUACAGACACAGGUCCUGUUCCCCCUGCCAUGUUCCACCAGGUCCUGGACUGAUUAGGUUCUUGCUUUUUUGCAGUGGCGCUGGACACCAGAACUUCUAGUGCAUGAAACAGAUUCUUUUAAAACAACCUGUUACUAGUGUGCAGUUCAAAUCAAAUCUGUAGAUAUUUAAAUGGCUCUUAAUUCCUUAAACCGUAAGGUUGGUAGCAAAACAGGAGAGCAAAAUUCAAAACACACUGCACAAAACAUUGAAUAAAUACCUCUGAGUAAUGUUACCAUCUUGAACAACUGCAUUUAAUGCUCCAGAGACAGGAACGCUUCUGGAAUCUCUGACCAGAGCUCAGGAUUCAAGGGAGUUACUUCAGUAAAAGAAAAGUCACUUUAUGAAAAAUUACAUCUUUACAAAAGUGACACGCUCUUCUUCAUUUAAGAACAGAAUAUUGCAAUUACUGUGUGUGCUUUUAAACAUUCCCAUGUCGCAAUAAAUAAAACCGGUUUUACUUGUGCCAAUGUUAUCUACGAAAGAAAGUAUUCACAGAACAGCCGAAGGUGUUCUAUUCCUCAUACACCACAACCUAAUAUAGGUGUAUUCAUCAAACAGGGCAGCUCGAAACCACAGCGUCUUACUCUGUCCACACAGGACCCACCAUCAGCCAGAAAAAUUAUUCUCCUACCUCUGGGACUGCAGAUCAUGUACCACCAGAUUUACUGUGGAGAUGCUUAAUAUUCUGUUUGAUAACAGAUCAGUUUUUUUCAGGAGAUAAGUAAAACAAGGAAAAA